UCUUGCUUCAGCCUCAUCAACCUCUGCUCGUUUCAAUCUUCAACAGCCUGCAAACAAACCGACAUCAUGGCAGCAGGUACGAUCGAUAUCGACAAGCCGGGGAAGUAUCCUAUCGUACUCAGCGACGCAUUACUGGGCAAAACAUCAAAGAAUGUCUACACGGGAAUUCGAUACAAUCACAAACCAGAUACCUCAUCCGACUCAUCCAGCGCCCUCCUACAACCCUCGUCUGAUUCUGAUUCACGAUACGACCUCACUUUGACAGAUGCUUCAAAAAUGUAUUCCUACGAAGGAUCCCGAACCUCUGCAGACGGCCAAUAUGUCCUGAUAUUCGACCCUAUGAAGAAGCACUUUGUUCUCCACCGAGUAGACUCUACUUUCGACAUGAACCUCGUCUCCGCCCCUUGGUCCUCAGAUGUUCGAGAUCAAUACCCUCAAAUUGAACCCUCCGAGCCCAAGCCCGCUGCCACGACCGCACCACAAAGAAAAGCCUCAAAGGGCGGAAAGAAGGCUGCUGCUACAAAAUCUACGACAGCCAAAGCUAGCAUACCGAGGCAAAAAGUUGAGAAGCCGAAGAAGGCAGCGAAACCAGCACCCCCUCCACGAGAACCUACGCCUGAACCAGAAAAGGAUAGUGAUGAUGGGCUUACGAUUGAAUACCCCGAUGCACCUGCUUCAAGACCGAGUGCGAAUAACAGCCAAGCAUAUAAUUCAACGCCGGUAUUUCAUAGGAAUGUCAGUGAGGAUGUCAGCGACGAAGACGAGGAUGCAGAAGGAGAAGAAUACGAGGAUGAAAGAGAGAGGAAUCAAGAUGUGGAUCAUUUGAAAUUACCUAGUCCAGCAGGCAAUGUUGGGGGUAUGAGUGAUGAGGAUAUUGAGGAUGAAUUAGAAGCAGAAUUGGAAAAGGCGCUGGAUGCGAAUGAGAGUGAUGAGAGUGAGGAGGAAUAAAAUGUGUUUAUGUAUUUGGUGUCGGAUUUGUGCUGAGAUGCACGACGUUCACAGGCUGGGGAUUCACUUGAUGCACAUAGAUCGGCGUGCCAUUCAUGAGCCAUAUGAGAGAGAAAACUACAGAAAGUCCUAGAUCGUGGCAUUCUUUUUUUCAUGCUGUUG